UUCAACCGGAGAAACGUAUCGCGAGACUAAGGAAGCUCGAUACGUAACCUUCAGUGGAGGUGUUUCAUAGCACAUAAACAUGCUUAGGAGCAUUAAUAAACCCCACGUGAGAUUACUGACAAAUGUGUUGAAUAGGUUUCAAAGUACCCUGGUGGUGGCAGAGCACACCAAUGACAAACUGACGCCACUUACACUCAAUGCCAUCAGUGCUGCCAGAAAGCUUGGAGAUGAUGUGUCCUGUUUGGUUGCUGGCACGGGCUGUGCAAAGGUGGUUGAAGAAGUCAGUAAAGUGCUGGGGGUGAAAAAGGUGCUGGUGGCCCAGCAUGAUGCGUACAGAGGCCUGCUGCCAGAGGAGCUGACCCCUCUUAUCCUGGCUUCCCAGAAACAGUUUCAGUUUACACAUAUAUGCGCUGGAGCAUCUGCUUUUGGAAAAAAUCUCCUCCCUAGAGUGGCUGCCAAACUGGAUGUUGCUCCUCUCUCGGACAUCAUUGAGAUCAAAUCACCUGACACUUUUGUCAGGACCAUCUAUGCAGGCAAUGCUCUCAGUACAGUUAAAUGCAACGACCCCGUGAAGGUUUUCACUGUGCGUGCUACUUCCUUUGAGGCUGCGCCUGUGGAGGGAGGCAGUGCCACUAAAGAGGAAGUGACUUCCUCACCCGUUGGAGUGUCAGAGUGGAUUGAGCAGAACUUGACCAAGAGCGACCGCCCGGAACUCACCAGCGCCAAGGUUGUUGUGUCUGGAGGUAGAGGAUUGAAAAGUGGAGAUAACUUCAAGCUGCUGUAUGAUCUGGCUGACAAACUGAACGCAGCAGUGGGUGCCUCAAGAGCUGCUGUUGAUGCUGGAUUUGUCCCUAAUGACCUGCAAGUUGGUCAGACUGGGAAGAUUGUAGCACCAGAGCUGUAUAUUGCAGUUGGUAUAUCUGGGGCAAUUCAGCAUCUGGCUGGAAUGAAGGAUAGUAAGACGAUUGUUGCCAUUAAUAAGGACCCAGAAGCACCAAUUUUUCAAGUAGCUGACUAUGGAUUGGUCGCUGAUCUUUUCAAGGCUAUUCCUGAAAUGACAGAAGCACUGAAGAAGUGAUCAAAAGCUGACCUGAUCAUGAAAUCAUGUGUAAUCUUUUUUUCUGUAAUUAAAAAGCUUGAUUUAAUGGGAUAACAUCACUGUCUGCAUCAGAUGGAAUAUUUUAAUAUUUCAAAAUGCUAACUGGAAUGGUUGUGUCUAUAAACUGGGGGUAUCUGGUAAACCUCUCAGAAGUUUCAUUCCAGCAGCUAUUGUAAUUAUUCAUGUUUUGGUUGCCAAGUCAGUUUAAACAUUGUUUUCAAAUCUCAUUCUUCUGACAGCCUUUCUUUCUUUGAUUUUAAAGCCAGUGUCUGCUGUUUGAAAAAUGGAAUUCUUCCCGGUUAAAAGUGAGAUGUAUUUUGAAUUGGACAGGUACUGUGAAUUAAUCCAGCCUGGAGCUUUUCUUUUCUGACACUGAAAAUAAUCCCCUUUUGAGAUGCGUUAACAUUUUUGCUUCCUUCCAAUGACCAUUUCUCUAAAAGAAACAUGUAAACACUGUGUGAUAAUUACAAACUGUACUGUAAUGCACAAGUUAAUACAUACCAGUAUCUAAAAUGGGUAAUAGCAAAGGAUGAUAAUACCUUGUUUUACUUUGGUUUUAUGUUAUUGGGUACUAUGAAGGUCUCUCCACUCAUCUAAAUAUUAAUUGUUUUAGGAGGAAGAACCAUUAUUGUUAACUAGUAUUUAGUGGAUUCUUUUUCCCAUUUCGGCUUACAGUAGAUAUGCUGCUUAAGCUGUCUACCCUUCCACAAUAAACAGCAUGUUUUAUCUUACGCGCAAACAUGCUCAAGUAACUUCGAUUCACAUCUCAGAAUUGUGGAAUGAAACACGUGAACACGGGGAGAACAUGCAAACUGCAUGCCGACUGAGACAGGUUUAAAAUCCCAAUCUAGGAAUGGUGAGAAGCUCUGUGAAGCCGCCCUUGUUACAAACAGCACAAGCAAAACAUCAGUCAGGUUCUGUUAGUGCUUUUCUCUGCCAUUAAAAUUAGAAUGUUUGUUUUUAAAAGUGUGGGGAUUAUUUUCAUACUGAUGUAAACCCCCCAACACACACACAGGAGCAUAAAUUGAAGUUUGGGUCCAUUUGUGCCUUUUAAUGCUGUUACUGAAUAAAAUACAAAAUGAAAAUGA